AUGGAUUGCUUAUUUUAAAAUGAAUAGGCAGUUGUUAAUUAAUUUAAAGAAAAAAAAUUGGAUACAUCAAAUAAAUAUUAUAUAAGUAGUUACAAUUAUAGUGAAAAAAUGUGUCCUAUAUAUUAGGGUAUGUUAAUCUUAUAUUUAUAAAGUUAGAAUGAAUAGUGGUUUUAUAAGACAGAGUUUGUUGAGAUAUGAGAAUGGAAUAAAGAUAUCCUAUCAUUAGAUGGAGAGACCAAUUGGCUUUGAAAGUUUAAAAUGGAUGAAGUAGAAAAGAGUUAAGAGAUUUUUGAAUGAAAAUGAAGCAUUUUAAAAAGAAGUGAGACAAAUGGAAUAAAAUGGAGAAGGAGCUUAAAUAUUUUUACUUAAAUGCAAUCCCUAUCUAAUUUGUAAUAUUGCUAUUCCCCUCACUCACUGUUGUAAAAUUUUCUUAUGUUUCAAAUAGUAUGUUAUCAUUUUUUCAUCAUUAUGA